UAUUUGGCUUUCGUUGCAGAUUUUUGGGAUAUAGCGUUCUAUGCUGUCCUCGUGAUGCUAUUUCUACUAGCCGUGGCAUCAUCUAUCUACGACGGAGUGCUUGCCAAAAACAGUGACCAUAACCACUAUUGGUCACUUCUUGAGUCUAAAUCACAAAAUCUCCUCACAGCAUUUUCACUCAGGAGAAACAUCAACCGACUGACGAUCAAGCUCGACAACGACCCGAUUCAGAAGAGUUUACGAUUUCUGGAGUUCGUCCGGGUGUUGGUGAUGACCACGAUCACCAUCGAUCACGUCAUCAUCGGCAUGAGCUUCACCACAAUCCAGAACCCCGAGUUUACCGAAAAAAUUGGAUCGAUUCCGAUGGUGCAGGCCGUCCUGACGCUAAUGCCCUUUCAGGUUGACGUAUUCUUCGCCAUUAGUGGCCUUUUGGUGGCAGUUCAGUUUGUCAAGGUGACCAACGGUAAGCCAUUUGCGGGGAAGAUGUUCUGGUUGGGCUUGGUCAAUCGAUAUCUGAGGUCGUUGCCGGUUUACUUGGUGGUGCUACUGCACAGCGUUUCCGUGUACGACCUGCUGGAAAGUCCUUCGGCCUACCGGAUUGUAGCAACUCCCCGGAUCAUGUGUCGGGCCAAGUGGUGGAUCAAUCUGCUGUUCAUAAACAAUUACUAUCAACCGGAGGAGCAAUGCCUGAUUCAGACAUGGUACUUGGCAGCGGACUUUCAGUUGUUUAUCGUUGGGUUUGGGUCGCUGAUGGUGCUUUGGAGAUAUCCAAAGCUGCUCAAACCAAUGUUUUGCACACUUCUCACUGCUGGAUUCAUCCUGCCUAUGCUCAACGUUGGCUACCAUUCUACUUCAGGGAUUUACUUCCUAUCAAACAAGGCAUGUUCGUUCCAGCUGUGGUACGACAAGUGGUUCACCAAAACGUACGUGGCGAUGGAGACGCACUGUUUGAGUUACUUUGCCGGAAUGCUGGUCGGCAUUAUCUACCACAAGAUGCAGAAGAAUGACCUGCUGCUCGAAAAGUCCAGGCUCUUCAAACCCCUCCGAUACAGCGUCUUCCCGAUUCUGCUUGCCUUCAGCCUCUCGAACCCAUUCUUCCAAACCAACACCGAUGACAACCCGUCCUUAGGGACGAUCCUCUACAGUGGACUUCAGCGAUUGUCCUUCGCGGCCUUUGUCACGGUGGGCUUUCUGGUGCUAAUGUUCGCCAAUCGGAACACAUUUUUCGGCACACUUCGAACGUCCCAACUGUUGGAGAACUCCCUGCUGCGGGUGCUCAGCCGGUUGAGCUUCAGCUUCUAUCUGAUCCACAUGACCGUCCUGAAGACGAUCUACGCCAAUCUGCACGAGGCCGAGCGGGGCACGGCACUGUUGGCGUUUCAGGUACUCUCGUCAGCCACGGCUAUAACGUACUUCCUGUCAUUGCUGGCAUUCCUCUUGGUGGAGAAACCGUUCGAUAUUAUCUUCAAACAGUUGCUGGAGGGAGGGCGUCCAAGGAAACCACCAAUUCUCAGCCCGAACAAUAGCAACGAGGUUAAUGUGACGAUUCAGAGAAAUGGACAUUCGCUUUCUAAUGGCAAAUAG